UCUUGCGAGCUCGUAGAGAUGUUGAAGGGAGUAAAUCCCAGUUUUAUUGAAUAUUCGAGGCCUGGACCAAAGACUAUCAAGCCGGGAAACUUCUCCGGUUGUGAUGAUGAGAUGUACGACUCCGACGAAUUCCGAAUGUACGCAUUCAAGAUUAAGAGAUGCACCAGGAAUCGAAGCCAUGACUGGACGGAAUGUCCUUAUGCGCACCGCGGCGAGAAGGCGCGGCGUCGUGAUCCACGUAAAAUCAACUAUGCUGCCGUCGUUUGUCCAGAGUUCCGGUCCGGUGAGUGCCCAAAGGGCGAUUCAUGCGAAUUUGCACACGGGGUUUUCGAGUUCUGGCUGCAUCCCGCAAAGUAUCGGACUCGUGCAUGCAAUGCCGGAAAGUAUUGCCGGCGAAAGGUUUGUUUCUUUGCGCAUUCGCCAGAACAGCUACGGUCGGAGACCAAAUACAAAUGCUAUUAUACCUAUGGGGCUCCGAUGGAUCGGUCGAACUUCGGAGAAGGAAUUACAGGUGCAUCAGCAGACGAUAGAGAGAUAGACAUAACAUCGUAUAAUCCGCCUGUAUCCAGUAAGAAUGAAAUUCCUUCAGAAGAUAAUUGGCAUUUUUCACAGAGUUUUCAGAAAUUGAAGAUAUAUGAUCAUGGUGAUGAUGAAGGGAGGGAGAGAAAUUUUGGUUGGGACGUAUCGGAUUUGCCGGAUAUUGAUUGGAUUUCAGAGUUGGUGAAAUGAAGGAGAGAGAUAGAAUAUAAGGUUUAUUUUAGAAGAAAUUUUGCUUAAAUUUUUGGAGUUAAUUUUCAUGUUAAUUAAGAUUAUUUUGCUUGAGAAUUGAUGUGGAGAUAGAAAUAAUUGUAAGUAAUUAAUGA